UCAAAACAUUAAAAUCGCUUGAACGGAACGGAACGGCUUGCUGCUGGCCAGCGAGUGUAACACACAAAAGAAGCAAGAAAAAAGAAAAUUUUUGGUUGUCUAUCGUUCGUCUGUGUUGUUGGGUUUUGUGGAAAAAUCAAAUAAAUCGCAACCUUCAAACGAGUGGUUCGGUUCAUCUAAAUUCCGUCGAGGAAUUGUCCCAAAUUGUGCUCCUGCGGCAGGGAGCAUUACAGCUAUUGCAUGACUUCUGACAAACGACAGUGAACGACUAGUGAGAAAAAGAGCAAACGGAUCCGCAAUCAGCAUGGAAACCAACGAGACGUUUUUUGUGCCCAAUUACUAUGUUCCAAGCCGAGAUGCAUGUCUGGUGCUAAACAAAACUAAAAUCAUCAUAACUCUGUACGAGGGCAUCCCGGAGACAUUGUUAUUGAAUGUGAUUGCGUGGAUUUUCCUGGUUUUGCUUUUCACGUUGCUGAGACAGCAGGCAUGGGAUUAUGGACGGCUUGCGCUAGUUAACAGUCACGGCGAAAACAAGCGAUGGACACAGCUUUUCUAUGCGCACGGGAACGUCAACGGUCGGUCAGGCUUAGAGGCAAGCGACGCAAGUAUUAACAUCGAUCGGGGGUUCUUCUCAUGGAUUAUUGCAACGUGGCGUCUGACCAGAGAGCAAAUUCUUACCCACAGUGGACCGGAUGCAGUGCACUAUUUGUCCUUUCAGCGACAUUUGAUGACGGUUAUGGCUAUCAUGACGACCAUUUCGAUUGCAAUUAUUCUGCCGAUCAAUUUUUCCGGAACGCUUGGUGGUGAUAGGAAUUCGUUUGGACAUACUACCAUCUCCAAUCUGGAUCCAGAUUCGUCGCUGAUGUGGGCGCAUGUAUUUUUUGCGAUCGCUUAUGUACCGAUGGUAGUGCUUAUAAUGCGACGAGCUUCCGGAAGAAAUGCGUUCAAGACAGCACCGACCAGAACGGUGAUGGCAACCAAUGUAACUCAACCGGAUUGUGACAAACGCAUUAUCCGAACGUAUCUUCAGCAAUUGUUUCCGGAUGUGGGGAUAGAUGAUAUUCAGCUGGCUUACAACAUUAGCAGUUUGAUCAAAGCCGCAGAAGAGUACGAACGAAUUGUGGAUGCGCGAAUCUUCUGUGAAGCGCAUCGAAACCGAGAUCGGGAACCUGUUCAGGCGAAGUUGUCUUGUUUCACUUGCCAAAAAGUGGAUGCUUUGGACUAUUACAAAGAGGAAGAAGCUAGGUUGGCUGGUCAGGUGUCAAGGCUUAGGGCUUCAGCUUUGAACGAACCACUAGGAAUCGCCUUUGUUACUCUUAAUACUGCUCAGGAAGCACAGCACGUAAUUCUUCAUUUCCGUCCGGGUACUUAUCGCGAUUGGCAUCUAACGUUUGCACCUGCUCCGUCGGACAUUUUCUGGGAAAAUUUGAAUAUCGACACGGCUCAGUGGUACUGUAAAUGGAUUACAGUGAAUUUGUUUUUAUUUCUGUUUUUGUUUUUCCUGACUACUCCGGUAAUUAUUGUCAACCAACUGGACACUCUUUCAUUAACGAAAAACACAACGUCACAGAUCGGAAAAAUCAGUCCACUGAUUUCGGAGUUCUUACCUACAUUGCUGCUAUGGUCCCUGUCAGCACUAAUGCCGGUAAUUGUGGCGUACUCUGAUACGUGGCUUUCGCAUUGGACAAGAUCCAGACAGAACUACGUGAUCAUGACAAAAACAUUUGGUUAUUUACUGUUCAUGAUCCUCAUUCUGCCUUCGCUUGGAUUGACUAGCGCGGAGGCUUUUCUCCAAUGGACGAUCCAGUCGAAUGAGACAUAUCGCUGGGAAUGUAUAUUUCUUCCGGACAAAGGUGCAUUUUUUGUCAACUACAUUAUCACUGCAGCUUUCAUCGGUACGGCAUUGGAGUUGAUCCGAUUUCCUGAUCUCAUAUGUUACCUUUGGAAACUGGCUACAGCUAAGUCACGCGCAGAAACACCGUACAUUCGCAAGUCGAUCUUGAUUACUUUCCCGUUUGGAAUUCACUACGCCUGGAUGGUUAUGGUGUUCACCAUGAGUACGGUUUAUAGUCUGGCCUGUCCACUGAUAAUGCCAUUUGCAAUGGUGUACAUUCUGUUGAAACACUUUGUAGACAAACACAACCUGUUUUUCGCGUUUGCGCCUUCGAAUAUGAUUAGCCAGGGAAGUGGCGGUAAAAUUCAUAGCACCGCAGUCACGAUGACUAAGUUCUCGGUAGUUACGCUGCUGUCAAUUAUGGCCGCCCUGGCCUGGGUCCGCGCGGGAGGUCUUCAAAUGCGCGCCGUGGUGCUGAUUUUGGCCCUAUGCUUGACACUGUUCAUGUUCACCUUUAUGUCACCAAUCAAGAGGUGCACCACUAAACCAUUGAGUAUUGUGGAAACGGAAGGGCCGGCUCCGGUUUAUGUUGCCGACGUGCUUAUUAAUCGGCGAAUGGUAUCCGAUAGUCCGUCACAUUUAAGCUAUGGCUCUGAUACAACGAUGGACAUUGUGAUGAACGAUGCCGGUCGAAGUGUGACAGUGUAAAGUGAUCCUUUUACCCAGACUACUGUGCAAACGGUUGCUCGGGAAUUCCAGUUUGCUCAUGGUUACUCUCUUCACUAUUUCAGUGUCGCGUUUUUUGAUAGCAGUAAGCGUUUUGUUUCGUCGAAAAGCCUUGUUUUUGGAGUCUGAUCAUCUUUUUACAUAGCUUAAUUCUAAUAUUUUUUAAAUUAUUUGUACUAUUUUUUACCUUAUGUAUAACAUAUAAAGCUUCAAUGAGGGUUAAUAUUGUACAUCACCAAAAAACUGGGUUCUUGUAUUCAAGGAAACUAAACUAGCUGUGACGUAGUCGAUUAUGAUUACAUGAAGAAACUAGCCUGUAAGCAACGAAAUGGUAUUAGAGAGUUACGGCUGUAGAGUGACAGAGAUUUUCGAUGUUUGUUGGGCAAGUUAUCUGAUUUAGUUAGUCACUGGCCUUUGAUUAGACGAGCGCUUUGAUGAAUUUUUUUUUGUAGUGAAGCACAUGUCUUAGGUUUGAUAGCGAUGCCCAGUUCAGCUUUUAAUGAAAACGAUAUAAAAAUAAAAAUGCUAUACAAAACUAACUAAACUCUGUCAUACUCAUCUGAUUAAAAACAAGAGCACUGGUAAAAUAUUUUACACAUUUGAAAUACCUAAUUAUAUUCUAUAAAAUUGGAACUGUGAGCGUCACUAGAAUACUAAUACUGUAAGAAAUAAAAGAUACAUAUUUUGGAAUAAACGCGUGAAA